GCGGGUGCCACGGGGUCGAAACACGAGGGCCUCCGCCUGGCGUGCACAGCGGCUGUGAGAGCUGGGGAGUAGGGAGGCUCCUGUUCCCAUUUCUUCGUGCAGUGGGUGCAGCUCCCCAGAGCCCUGCGUGUGUGCGCCUCUGGCAGUGGAAGGAGCCUGUCCUGCUUCCCCUUCUGAGUACCUGGGACUCGAGGAGAAGCAGCAGAGAUGCCCAAUGAGCCGCCCCCUCCUUAUCCUGGAAGCCCCACGGCCCCCCUUCUGGAGGAGAAGAGCGGAGCCCCGCCUACCCCAGGCCGUACCUCCCCAGCUGUGAUGCAGCCCCCACCAGGCAUGUCAGUGCCCCCAGCAGACAUUGGUCCUCCACCCUAUGAGCCACCAGGUCACCCGAUGCCUCAGCCCGGCUUCAUUCCCCCGCACAUGAAUGCAGACGGCACCUACAUGCCUCCGGGUUUCUACCCUCCUCCAGGCCCCCACCCACCCAUGGGCUACUAUCCACCAGGGCCCUAUCCACCGGGGCCCUACCCUGGCCCAGGGGGCCACACUGCUACAGUCCUAGUUCCUUCCGGGGCCGCCACCACGGUGACGGUGCUGCAGGGAGAGAUCUUUGAAGGUGCGCCUGUACAGACAGUGUGUCCCCACUGCCAGCAGGCCAUCACCACCAAGAUCUCCUAUGAGAUUGGCCUGAUGAACUUUGUGCUGGGCUUCUUCUGCUGCUUCAUGGGGUGUGAUCUGGGCUGCUGCUUGAUCCCUUGCCUCAUCAACGAUUUCAAGGACGUGACGCACACAUGCCCCAGCUGCAAAGCCUACAUCUACACGUACAAGCGCCUGUGCUAACGGAGCCGGGACUGGACUCCCUGCUGUCAGUCUGGCUCCCUGUGCUUUUAUUCCCCUUGCUCAGUGGCUCGCUUCCCUGCUCCCACUUGGGGAUGGAAGCCGUUCCAACCGGUCCCCUGGAAGUCCUGUCCUUUUCGGCUUGCCCUUCCCUGAGCAUCUGACUCUUUGGCAAAAAUUCUGUUGGAUUUAAGGCCAAGAGUCAGCGAGUGGCAGGGGGAUGGCACUGAGCCGUGUUUUGCUUGGUGUUUGUGACGAGGAAGAUAAACUGGGAAGGGUUUCCUCGCACGGUCUCCCUGCUGGGGUCUCAUUCCUCCAUUUCUGUACAAAGUAUGGAUUUGGUCCUGACUCUCCCUGGGACCAAAAGCAGCCAGAGCAGAACUGGGGCCAGCACUGGGGCUAUAACUGUAGCCACAAUUAUUUCUCAUCUGCUGGGCCACGAGUGGGGGAGUGGACUCAAGCAGGACAGGGUCAUAAAGCCUGGCUCUGUUUCUGGGGUGCCAGAGGUGGUCACGAGAAUUAGACGGAAUGACUCUGGCCCUCAGAACUCUUACCAUCUUGUCCAAAUGCCCAGGAGUCACCUGGGGUAAGGUAGGGAGGUCAGCACACCUGCAGGUCACUUACAGGGUAAAUGGUUAGGCCCUGGCUUGCCAAGAAGGGACUUGCCUCUGGCCCCUCCCCAGCUCCCUUUCUGGCUACCCCUCCACACACCCUUGUCUUUGCUAAGGCCAGAAGGAAUGCCCUGGAGCCUAGCCCAUCUGCCUAUCCCAUGUCCUUGCUGUGUGUGGGCAAGACCUUUGCCCAGUAGCUGGUACAGCCCAGCCAGGACUGGAGAGGACGGGGGCCUCCUUGCAAGCACACUCCGAUCUGCAGUGGUUCUCCACGGAUCCUCUUCCCAGUGAAUGCUGGGCCUUGUCCUGGCUGACUCGCUGUCACUGUGCUUGUUUUAACAGCAGGUACUACGGCAGGAGCAGCUGUGGCACUGGAUGGGGACAGGCUGGGGACGAGGAAGGAGCAGCCACAUGUGGCGAAAGUGCCCUGGUGGACACCUGCCCUGGGCCUGAGCCCACACUGUAUUUCCUGGUUUGUCUUGUAAACUUGCUCACGUGGACCGCUGUACCCACCGCCCCUCUCCUCGUCUCGCACUGCCACUGCAUGGCCUCCCGUCACUGUGAAUCAUGGCUGCUCUCAGUCUGUAGUUUCUCAUUAAAUUGGCCCUUUAACUCCCCUGCCCUGGGCAUCUGCUCUCUCGCCUGGCUUCCUUCUUCAAGGGAAAGAGGGUGGGGCUAGAAGUGGUCAAAGGGCAGGGGCUUGAGUCCUCAGGGUCUUAGUGCUUAUAGUUAAUUGACUGCCCAGAGAGGACACUGAGCCACACCAGAAUGCAGUGUGGACGUGGGAUUCUAGCUGUGACCAGGCUGGGGUAGGACUCCACUUCACUGCACUGUAGGGUCACCUUACUGUCUGAUCCUGAUCUCACCCGUCUCCACACUGUGGCAUCUGCCCGCACAGUCUGCAGGCUAGAGUCCUGUGGCUUGGGCUCAGGGUCAUCCCACUUUGCAGGCAAACGCCCUUGCUCCCUGAAGCAAGACAGAGCAAGCCACUGGUGCCGAGGCUUCGGUAUGAAGGCUAAUGGGAAGCAGGCAAUCUGCCCCCAGGUUUUGAGCCAGCUCCUUCCCUACCCAUCAGCUGUGAAAGUGGGUUGGUCAGUAGUUGAAGACAAAGUUUUCCCACCAUUUAAUCCUUUUUUGAAUAAAACUUUUACAGAUCCUGAAUAUAUAAAACAGGAAACAGAUUCCUAUCAAUAAAAAUAUUUAAGUUCACA